UGCGUCCAUAGAAUCUAGAACACAAAUAUUUCAUCAAUCCCGAAAUUAUUGUCAAUAGGAGGAGUGACGGAGGGAGUAUCUAUUUUUGUCAAAAGAAGGCAUCAAAUUGGUUGUCCUUUGUCUGGAUAUAAGAAUUCACUACUAUAUUUAUAGGAGAGCUGAUCAGGAGCCUUUUGGUAUCUCAUCUAAACUUCAUUCAGACCAUGAAGAACCCGAAAGCCAUGAUUAAUCUUCAUCAAAUACUACCUCUUUUUGUCCUUGUACUUUCCAUUUCCUUACUUGCUUUUCCAUCCUCAGCAAAACCUGAUGAUAAAGCUUUCGUCCGAUGCCUUCUGAAUCGUGAACCAAGUACAUCAACCAUUAUUUACACCCGAAGCAACUCAUCUUUCUUAUCAGUCUUAGAUUUCUUGGCCCAAAACGCACGUUUCCUAACUCCGGAAACUCUCAAACCCAGAGUCAUUCUUCGUCCACAUAAAGAAUCUCAGAUCCAAGCUGCAUUUUAUUGUGGCAGAAAACAUGAUCUCCAAAUGAGGGUUCGAAGUGGAGGCCAUGAUUUCGAGGGUGCUUCUUAUGUUUCCAGGAAACCCUUUUUCCUGCUCGAUAUGUUCAACUUCCAAUCACUCUCAGUUGAUUCUAAAUCCAAAACUGCAUGGAUUGGCGUUGGCAGAUCAUUAGGUCAAACAUAUUACGACAUUUAUACUAUAAACAGUUCGCUGGCACUGACGGGCGGAUUCUGGCCAACUGUUGGAGUCGGCGGCCAUAUUAGCGGCGGAGGAUACGGUGCUUUUACCCGGCAACACGGCCUAGCUGCUGAUAAUGUUCUCGACGCCCGAAUAAUCGACGUCAACGGAAGGAUUCUGGAUCGGAAAUCCAUGGGGGAGGAUUUGUUCUGGGCGAUUCGGGGCGGGGUGGGGUCCGAUUUCGGAGUCAUUUUAUCCUACAAAAUGAGACUCGUUGAAGUUCCUCCAACCGCUGUGGUUUUCCACGUGAACCGAACUCUGGAACAGAAUGCGGUUCAGCUGGUUUACAAAUGGCAACAAAUCGCCCGGAGUCUGCCGGUCGAGCUUACUCUCACGGUCCAGCCCCGCUGCGUAGCUCAGGCCGGAACCGGAAAUGUAACCGCUCAAGCCGAGUUCAUCACGGCUUACCGCGGCGGCGGAGUUGACGACUUGCUUUCGGUGUUCGGGAGAUUCUUCCCGGAGUUGGGUUUGACCCGAGAAGAUUGCCACGUGGUUACUUGGAUCGAGGUUUACCCUUUUCUGAUCGACGUGAGAUAUGAUAACUUGAGGGAUAUUAUGACUAAUAGAAAUCCAUUAGGAGGGAGAAAUCCGUUUAAAUGGAAAGUUGAUUUCGCACAGGAUCCAAUACCGCCGGAAGGGCUUCAAAAGAUAUUUGACCAUCUCUUCAAAAUCCCUCCUCAGGCUUCCCAGUUGGGAUGGACUAUCUUCGGAGGAGGGGUGAUGGAUAUCAUCCCGCCUUCCAGGAUUCCGUUCCCACACAGAGGUAAGCUGAUGAUCAUGCGUCAGAUCGUGUUCUGGAAUGCAAACGACACUAAGGAAGUGGUUCAGUCGCGUCUCAAUUGGGUUAGAAAUCUCCAUGACAUCACGGGCGCUUAUGUUCCUAGUAACCCAAGAGCUCAAUACGCAGAUUAUCGCGAUUUUGACUUGGGAGUCAACAAGCUUUAUGGUAAAACCAGCCUUGAAAGAGCUAGGAAAUGGGGUUUGCCCUAUUUUGGUGGAAAUUUUGAUAGGUUAGUCAGAGUCAAAUCUUUGGUUGAUCGUGAGAAUUACCUCGAGAGUGAACAAAGUUUCCCGGUUCAACCGGCUAAGUUCAGAUUUUCGGAGAACUCAGGCGUUGCGGUAGAAUAAGAUUGUCGGGAUCGAUCUUAUACGACUUUACAAUAAGGUGCAUGUUUUGCAUGCAAGAUAUGAUUAGCUAAUUAUGUAUUUUCAUUAUCAAGCAUAUUUUGAUAUCUUUUAUAAUAAUAUUGAUUCUAUGUUUUUU